AUGCAAUUCUCACGUAUCUCUGCUCUCGCUCUCGUCGUUGUCCUUGCGGACUUCAGCAUUGCUCUUCCCGUCGACAAGGGCUCAUCGAUUGCCGAUUUAAGCCAAAUUGUUCCAGGAGGUGCCAAUGUGAUCCCUCGCCAUGAAGGAAACCCAGGGUACGAGGCUGCUCAAGCAGGAGAGGGUCCAUUGGCCCCAGCCCACCCAACUGAGGUCCACCCAACUCCCGUCCAACCAGUUGUGAUUCACCCAACUCCAGUUCACCCAGCUGCAGUCCACCCAACUCCAGUCCACCCAGGUACUGUUCAACCAGGUGAUGCUCAACCCGCCGGUGUUCAACCCACCGAUGUCCAAACCGCUGAUGCCGACCCUGCCAACAUUCAACAAACUGGAUUUCACCCAACCAUCAACCACGCGGAACAAGUCCAGAGCAACCAUGGAAACUCUUUGAUCGAUGUUGAGCCCCAGGUUCUCAUUCCUAUUGAUCUCGACUGUGUAGGAAUCGCUGUCUGCAACCCUGUUACAGUCAACAGAGAGGGAAGCACCAGUGCAUAA